AUGGCAGCAGGAUGGUUCACCAUUGUUGUCUUGUUAUUGGGCAGUGUGCUAGAGGCCUUUUCAACGAAUUUACCUCUACAGACAGAGGAACUAUGGCAGGAAAGUUCGGAAAUCCGGAUCUCACCGUCCUUUUGCUUGCCCGUAGUGCUUAGGACUAGCACGUCCACCCAGACAAUCACAGUUCAACAGCCUGGUCACAUCCAACACAGUACACGGCAAACGUCAAGCGUGCAGCCGGUGAUAUCGAGCACAAAGUACCCUGCAUCAAAAGUGCCAGAAGACAAACAAGAGACUCCAGACGUACAGACGAGGACGACUGUUUCUCUCCAUCCCACUUCCUUCAGUCGGGCAGUCUCCUCUAGCUCGCGGCCUAGUCGUCUUUCCACCAGUAGGCGCGAUCAUGAUAAUGCUAUAUUCGGUGUCCUGUCGAUAGUGCGGGAACCUGUGCCGAAACCGCCCCCAACUACGAUCUUCAAGACAAAACAAGACCCCACUGCUUCACGAUUCGUUUCAGUCGAUCUGACGAGUAAAAGUAACCUGAUACCAGAAUUCAGAACAAGCAUCAUGGAUACAAUGACCUUAAUAGCAAACUUGAACGUGGAUCCCUCAUCACCAUCAACAAGCGGGGCGCUUGUAUUCGAUUUAGAGACGUCCAGUCUCGACUCCUUUGAAAACGUCACUUCCACAUCCAAGAAAUCAACAUGGGCGGUCUCCCAUCAUAGCAUGUCGGAUAGUGAUCCAAGAAUGGGGGUUGGCACCGAUCAAGGUACCGCGGGAACGGCAACUGUACAGCUUAGCCCUUUUAAAGGGGAUAGCCGUCCCCAGUCUACCAGCACAUGGUGUACGUAUAGGCCAUUAUUUCAAUGUCAGACACCUUCAGAUGCAACAGUGUCUGAGACGAGGAAAGCAACACCAAUCAGUUAUCCACAACCUCUCCUCAUUAUGUCGACCUACACGAAGCCGUUGAACACACCCUUAUCAUCGGCCAGAGUGCUGCUAUAUCACAGCGGCGAACAACCAAUGGGAACGAACGAGGCGAAAGGUAAUUACAUUGUCCUUAUCAAUUCUGACCAUUUAGAUAGUCUAUCUGAAGGUUCCCUGCCUCGAUAUACGAUUAGUAUUCCAUCUCCCGAUAGGGAGAAUAACAGACUCACAGGCUCUGAUAAUCCGCAGCCUAGUACGACGUUGAAUUCCAGUUCGAUGGCGUCGGUAACCACGUGGAGUGAUGCAGGGUUUGUGGACCAUCAGACGGCGUCGACGACCUUGGAUGUGUCGAACGGCCCAAGUAGGACGCCAAAAUCUACUGAUACCGCAACAGCAACAUCCGUUCGCAGCGGUUCGGUGAUUGAUGGUCUUCGCCGCGCACGGACUAUAUCGCGUCGGAGCUUGGGCAUGUCAGUCAGCGCGGCCGUUGGAGGCACUACUAUAUUCCUGUUGAUGUUUGUCUUGCACCGGCCUUUUUACCGAUGGAUUUGCAGACGACGUACGGGCAUGAUUUGGAUCGGCCACGCAUCAGCCGCAAGCAGGAGCCAUCAUACAGAGCCGCGUUCACCUCCCAUGCAAUAUCCGGAGAUAUCCCACUUUUCCGAUGAUUCAGAAGCAGACUAUACGAAAGCACACAGGGCGUAA